AUGGAUAUUGGUUUUGAGGGGAGGGAUUAUACUUGGACUAGUAACUCUUAUGGAACAGGUACUAGGAAAGCUAGAUUAGAUAUGGCACUUAUUAAUAAUGAUUGGUCUCUAAAUUUUUCAAAUGCUAAGCUGUUACAUCUUAAUUUUAUUGCUUCUGAUCAUUGUCCCACUAUGCUCAUAAGUGAUCCUAUCCCUAAAUCUUUAUGGAGACCUUUUAAGUUCUUUAGAACUUGGUUAGGGCAUAACAAUUUUAAUGAAAAACUUGAACUUUCUUGGUCUAUUGAUAUUUUAGGAAGUACAGCCCAUAGAUUGAAGCAAAAACAGCAUAGUGCUAGGAUUACUUUAUCUCAAUGGAAUAGAAUGGAGUUUGGAGAUAUUCAAAAGAAUAUAAGUAAUCUGCAAAAUUUGCUAGAAACUGUUCAAAAUGGUCCUACUUCUGAUAUGCAGCAUGCUAGAGUCAAAGAAAUCACCAGUGAUCUGGAAAACUGGUACAAAAUUCAAACUGAAUUCUAUAAGGAAAAUUCAAGGGAUAAAACUGGUAUGGAUAAUAACAGUAGAUAUUUCCAUACUAUGGUCAAUAAAAGGAAGCAUACUAAUAAUAUUAGCGUUCUUUGUGAUGCUAAUGGAAAUUGGUAUAGGGACAGGGAAAGUAUUAGUAACUUUCUUACUAGCCAUUUCAGUUCUGUUGCUAGUUCUUCUAAUCCUAUUUUAUUUGAUGAUGAUUUUGAUGUUAUUCCUUCCAUUAUAACUGAAUCUGAUAAUCUUAUGUUGCAUGUUGUUCCUACUGAUAUUGAAAUUGAAAAUAUUGUCAAAAAUAUGCCUGCUUGGAGUUCACCUGGUCCAGAUGGAUUUCAAGCAGGAUUUUAUCAAACUCAAUGGCAUCUAGUUGGUAGAGAAAUUCAUGACAAUAUUAUUAUUGCUCAUGAAAUGAUUCAUUAUAUGAAACAAAAAGAAGGUAUGUCUGGUACUAUGGCUAUUAAACUUGAUCUGUCAAAGGCCUUUGAUAGAUUGGAAUGGAAUUUUUUGAACAAAGUUUUAGAAAAGUUUGGUUCCAGUAAGGAUUUUUGUAAUCUUGUUAUGCAGUGUGUAUCUACAACUAAUAUUAGUGUUCUACUUAAUGGUUCUCCUUGUAGUCAAUUUGAACCUACUAGGGUUAUUAGACAAGGGGAUCCUUUAUCCCCUUAUCUUUUUAUUCUUGCUAUGGAGUAUCUUUCCAGAUCCCUUUUAUAUGCUGAAACUAAUGAUAUUGGUCAAGCUAACAUGCAUCAUAUAGAUCAUGUAUUAAGGAUUCUGCAGAAUUUUGGAAAUCUGUCAGAUUCGGAGAAAUAUCUAGGUGCCCCUCUGUUAUUAGGUCACUCUAAGUUGAAAUCUUUUGACCCCAUUGCUCAAUCUUUUGGUGCUAGACUCAACAAUUAUGUCAGUACUACUGUAAACCAAGCUGGAAAAUCCAACUUUAAUCAAAUGAAUUUUGGUGGGGUCAUAAAUCAGAUACUAAGUGCUAAAUAUUUUAAGAACUGUAGUAUACUCCAUUUGGAAAAACUUAAUGAGAGUUUCUUUUGGAUUUGGAGAGGAAUAUAUAGAUACAUUGAUAUCAUCAAGGAGAAUAGUUUUUGGGCUAUCAGAUGUGGCACUAAAACUAAAAUUUGGUUAGACGGUUGGGUGAUUGGAUUAGAUAAACCUUCUACUCCUGCUGAAGGUUUAGUUAAUUAUGUGGCUUAUAUUCAUGUUGCUGAUCUUUUUAUUAGUGGAACUAGAGUUUGGAAUUUUCAUUUGAUUAACUAUCUGUUUCCUGAAGAUACAACUCAUAAAAUCUUAGCUAUGUCUAUACCUGCUAUUGGUGAUGAUACUUUGAUUUGGUUACCAGAUAGAAAAGGAUAUUUUUAUGUUAAGAGUGUUUAUCAUGUUUUGAUAAAACCUCCUAACUCUGUUGCAGGUUAUCAAGCUAUCCCUUCACAGCAUGGUACUUUUGGGAAUUGGGUUUUAUCCUGGUUUUCUACUAGCUCUAAUUUGAAUUUUGGAAAUUGA